CGCAAGCCCACGCAUCUUUUUCCUCAGCGUUCCGAGUUGUCCUUUCCUCUCGCUGCUCUUCCUCCUGUUCCUCAUCUUGACUUCUGUCGAUUGAUAAUUCCAUUUUUUUUAUUUAUUUGAUGGGCAUUUCUUCCCUGCCAUGGCCGGCGCCGUCCAUUCCGCUCUCUCCGCCGGGGGCGUCAGUCUCCUUAUCGAACCUGUAGUCUCCUCCCUCCCCUGCACCCGGUCCAAGCCCAUCACCGGCUUCCUCCUCCUCCAUCUCACCCUCCUUCACUCCCUCUCCUGACCCCUAGUCCCCACCGGCUACCUCCCCAUGGCCCUCAUCUUCCUUCACCACGUCGUCGGCGAUCUCACCCUCGGAAAGCCAGAGCUUGUCCAGUUCUCCGACGCCCAGCCCGUCAAGGCGGCCGUCCUCGCCAUCGGGGACUCCGCCGAUGGAGCCAUCGCGGUCUGGCGCUGCCCCUCUCCAGAUUUCCCCAUCGCUCCGCCGCUUCCCCCUUCCGCUGACAGGUUCGUUGGGAUGCUCAACUCCCUGGACGUCGUCGCGUUCCUAGCGUGCGCCGGCGACGACGAUCAGGAGAAGGCCAUGUGGACGCCGGUCUCCGAGUUGGUCACGCCCAACCUCGGCCUCUUGAAGGAGGUGGAUCCGGCAACAAGGUUAAUUGAUGCACUAGACAUGAUGAAGCAAGGUGUGAAAUGGCUCCUAGUGCGCAAAAGUGUCAUGUGGAGAGGCUUCAGCAAGCGAUUUUCUGUUCUUUACAAUGGCAAAUGGCUGAAGAGCAUUCAGAGUUCAUCCGUAGGUGGAGCAAGCAACAGCGAUCGGCCGUCAUCUUCUGCCCUCCAUGAGAAUAAAUAUUGCUGCCUCUCCCGUGAAGAUGUAGUUCGUUUCCUAAUUGGCUGCCUAGGUGCUUUGGCUCCUCUUCCUUUGUCUUCUAUAUCCUCUCUUGGAGCCAUCAGUUCAAACUAUUCUUAUAUUGAUGCCUUCUCAUCUACGCUCGAAGCUAUCAGAACAAUACUUCACAAUCCGUGUGGAAUUGCAGUUGUGGAGACAAAUUCUGAUGGCACCCACAACAUCAUCGGAGAUAUAUCUGCUUAUAAGCUUUGGAAGUGUAACUACUGGGCUGCCGCAUGGGCUAUGGCAAAUUUGUCUGCUGGACAGUUUGUGUUAGGAGCAGAAGACUAUGGCGCCGCUCCAGAUUCUAUUCCUGACUAUUCUAUCAACUCGCCACUGCAGAAUGCAGGAGGUGGAGCCUCGCCAAGGCAUCAAAAAUUCAGCAGCAGAAGUAUGGGGUUCACAGCUAGUCAAGUGAACGAAAUGCCAGUCGGGCGAUUGAGGAGCAUGUAUCAUGGGCGGAGUGCACCACUGACCUGCAAGCAUACCAGCUCGCUGGCAGCUGUCAUGGCGCAGAUGCUGUCCUACCGGGCAACCCAUGUAUGGGUGAUCGAUGCUGACAAGGAAGAUGGCACUUAGUUGGCAUUGUUUCGUUUACAGAAAUCCUGAAUGCAGUCACUCAGCAUCCGGCAAGUUGAACCCGCUUUCUUGUGUUUUAUGUGUCGUCAGUAAUUUGCUUGUUUGAUAUGGUGUAUAGGUGUCACUAAGGUAGUAUUGCACUGGAUUUGGAGUAUCCUGGCUUGUUUGGAUUUGUAGGUGUGAUUUGGGGAGGUUUGCAUCAACUUCGUUAUGUUGAGACAGUAAUAUUGUUGGAUCUCCUACCAUUAAUAAACAAAAUGCUGUU